GCGGUUAAUAAAUGACGCAAUUUGACGCAUACGCAGCUAGUCAGUGUGAAGCGCGCAGUUGUAACGCGCGCGUUGUGUGUACCGGAAGAGUUGCACUGUCCCAGUGCGCGCGCUCCUGCUUAAUCGCAGGGCACAUCGUCUUCCGCGACGCUCGCUCACGUAUACCAUUUAUCGCAUAAGGAAGCCACAAAUACCUCAAAAACAUUUCAUAGUCAUAGAAAUCCAUCGUGCGUGUCAACAGUUCCCGCGUUUUUAUUUCCCGUGAUCGUAACAUAAAUAGCAAAAACUCCGUUAUGUUACACAAUCUAUAGGCAUUUAUAAAAAAAAAAUAAGUGCACGUUAGAGAUUGUUAAAGUCUAUUAGGAUUUAUAAUAAGUUUAUAAUGGAGAAAAGUGAGUUCAACAUCAAGGACAUAAACAUUCUUAAUAAAGGAAAAACUGAAGAUGCCACGGAUAAAACAAACGUAGACAACAACAACACUGACAAAUUUCGUAUAAUUAAAAUUCAACGAGAUCGUGAGCGUGACUACAUCGGGUUCGCGACAUUGCCGGAGCAAGUGCACCGUAAGUCCGUGAAACGAGGAUUCGACUUCACACUUAUGGUGGUGGGCGAGUCCGGCCUUGGCAAGUCCACUCUUAUCAACAGCCUGUUCCUCGGAGACCUUUACGUGAACAGAAAGAUCCCUGACGUCCAAGAUAGAAUAGAUAAAACUACAACAAUAGAGAAAAAAACAAUGGAAAUCGAAGAACGAGGUGUUAAGUUGCGGUUGACGAUAGUGGACACCCCAGGAUUUGGAGAUGCGAUUAACUGCGAAGAUUCCUGGCGCGUAUGUUCCGCCUAUAUUGACGAACAGUUCAGACAAUACUUCACGGACGAAAGUGGGCUCAACAGACGACACAUGCAGGACAACAGGGUUCAUUGUUGUCUUUACUUUGUACCUCCCUGGGCUCACAGCUUACGACAGGUGGACUUAGAGAUGAUGAGGCGACUUCACAGGAAAGUGAAUAUCGUGGUCGUCAUUGGGAAAGCAGAUUCACUUACUGCCGCUGAAGUGAAACGACUCAAAACGCGAAUACUCUCCGACCUAGACGAAUAUCAGAUACAAGUAUACCAAUUCCCCGAAUGUGACAGCGAUGAGGAUGAAGAGUUCAAACAACAAGAUAGAGAAUUAAAGGCAGCGGCUCCGUUUGCAGUAGUAGCGUCUGACACAGUCCUGGAAAUCGGUGGCAAGAGAGUAAGGGGUCGGCAGUAUCCUUGGGGAAUUGUAGAUGUUGAAAAUCCUCGACAUUCUGACUUCACGAAGCUGCGGACAAUGCUAAUAUCCACACAUAUGCAAGACUUAAAAGACGUUACUCAAGACGUGCAUUACGAGAAUUUCCGUGCACAAUGCAUAUCGCAAAUAUCUCAGCACGCCAUGCGGGAGAGAGGAAAACUGAAGCGAGAUUCCAUGGGCAAUAACAACGAAGUAGUAAUAACGGACACAGACAGAUUGCUCCUGCAGAAAGAUGAGGAGAUACGGCGCAUGCAAGACAUGUUGACACAAAUGCAAGAAAAACUCAAAGCUUCCGAUAAAAAACACGACAGUAUUAUAGAUGUAUAAAAUAUAGACUGCGAUGUAUAGUGUAUCUAAUUAAUGCUAAAUUAUAGUUCACAUAAAACAAUUAUUUAAAAAAAUCUAAAACCUCUUUAGAAAAAUUGGAUGAAUUUAGGUGUUUGAUAACUAACUAUAUUUAAUUUCUCAUAAUAUCAAUUGUACUAUUAUUAUUAUGUAAACUGUGGGUUUGAAGCCGUUCAGGUUGUUCAAUUCCGAAAUUAAACUGUUGACUAUCAACGGUUAAAUUCCAAUAGACGCCGCUACAAUACCUCUGAGCUUCCCGCCCCGUUUUCAUUAAAGGAAGAAAUUGUUACAUUUUCACGUUUAUGCUAUUAAAAAUAAGCUAAACGAAUUCAUACUAAGCUAAGAAUUGUUAUGCAUAGUGUUUAAUAAAUUUUUAGUUGUAUAUAAAUUACAUUCAUCAUAUUACGUUGAAGUGUAGAUAUAAUUUCAUGUAUUAACAUUUUAUUUGUAUUCGUCCAUUGGAAAUCUGAAUCAAAACCAAAGUGUUUAUGAUAAAUUAAGAAUUUUGUAU